AUGCCUCUGGCAUGCCAUGACCUGGCAUUUCUCCCCGGUGAUAUCUUCUGGAUGAUCCUGGCCUAUCUCGAUCCUCAUGAUAUAAUUCGCAAUCGACGUGUCUCGCGUGCCUGGCAUGAAGCCUUUAGCAACCCCUCCAUCCUGCUUCCACGCCUCAAAUACGAGUUCUCACGCACCGAAGAGGCCAAAGCCCUGGAAAAGGGGACUAUAGAUGUAAUCCAAGGCCGUCAACUCUUUGAUCAAGUCGCUGCAAGAUAUGAUCAUCUAAAACGAGCAAAGCCCCGUGGGAUCAAGAAGUAUCGACUGUGUGAUGUCUUCGGAAGCUCGCGCCAGCGGGAAUGGUUCCCUGUUCAGCCUUGGGAAUAUCACAGCAGUCACGACACCGGAAAUGUCGAUGUCCAGUUUGAAGAGGCUUUGUGGUCUUUUGAUGAUGGACUGCUGGUCUUCCCCAGUGCCGAGAGUCAAGGUCUCGUGUUGCUGGAUUUGAAACUAGACCGCCAGUUCAAGGUGCCAUUCACCACGACGGGCAAAGUCGUUCGCCGAGUCAGAAUUCAAAAGCGUCUGCUUGUUGUUGAGUGGGCAGAGCCUAUGGCUUUCCACUGGCUGAAUGAUAGCGAUGGUGUACAUCGUCACUUCGCGUCUUCGUUCGAUGUCGUCCCGCACGAAAAAGAUGUCUGGAGGGUUACCCAGCGGAAUGAAUGGAAGAUCAUGUUCUUGGGCCAUCCUCUCAGUGAACGAGAUCGUUUCUUCUCUACGCAUAACAACACACAUUACGUGAUCUACAUGUGGCAGCCCAACCGCAGCCUGUACACUGCAGACGAGGAUGCACCGAUAGAAUCUCUGUUUGUCUGGGAUAUCUCAAAAGCAUCACCCCACCGUCCAUCAGGAUAUUCCUCGGCAACACUGCACGGUGGAGCUCUAGAUGAUGCCCAUGCCCCAAGCAUCGUGGCACGUUUCGGCUUCCGAGACCUUGACUUCUUCAGCGUCCGCCAACGAGGCACUCCGGCCAUCUCCCGGUUAUCUGUCACGGACGAUUCCCAGGCAAUAGAAAUUACCGAGAAUUUUCUGCAUGACUCCACAGGCGAAGACAUACCGGACCUAGAAGCUGGAACUGGUAGUCGUUUGUGUCGUACUACAUCCAUACCAGUCAUCGGAAACGGACCCCAUGGCCGUACCUUGCAUGGUAAUAUGCUCCCUGUAUACCGUGGCAACUGCAGCUUGCAAUCGGAGUUCCUUGGCUACUCGACUUCCUUCGGGAGUGACUGGACCGAUGUCAUCGCUCAAGUUAGCGUGCCUGAUUUAGAUAUUGGCUUUUGUCUUUAUUUUGGGCCCGAUGAUACCAACCAGAAGACUAUCAGGUUAGGGGUCUGGACGCAUGACUCUGAUUUCAAUCGUGCGAAUGUGGAUUUCGCAGGGAGAGCGAAACUCUGUGGCUGUGAUAGAUACUUGGUUGGCGAGAAUACAUCCCGAGAGCUGGUUGUUUAUCACUUUGACCGAUGA